AGCCGCCAUGAUGGUACGUCACCGCCGCGCGCCGGGCGCUCCGCCAGUGACUCAGAGGCUGAGGAAGGGCGCGCGCGGAGACGCCAUGGCUGAACCCAUUAAUGCAGAACCCACCAGUGAACUUUGUCCUGUAGAUGCCAAGGAAGAACUCUUGAAGGAAUGCAACAAUAUUUGGAAGGAGUUGGAAGAGUGUCAAAGCAAGCUAAUGCUUCUAGGAAUAGAAACACUGCUACAAUCAGAUACCAAGCUUGCCUUGUUAAUGCUGCAAUGGAAAGCUUUAAUAGUAGAUUAUCAAGAGUGCCAUGAGAGAAGUCCUGAAACAAUUUCUACCAAUCCAGAUGUAUUGUUAGAAUUAGGAAAAGAAGAGUUGCAGAAAGUAAAGAAUGAUCUUGAAAAGGUGCUAUCAGCAGUUUGUUCAAAGAAUAAACAACUAGAAGAAGAUCUGAAAAGAGAACAGCAGUGGUAUGAGGAACAGGAACAGAUGCUAAAUACUCUUAACAGAAUUGAAGAAGAGACAAAACCCCAAGUUGAACAACUUUACAAAACAAGAGGAUUGGAGGAACUGCACAAUAAAAUGUUGCAAUUAAAGACGUAUAAGAAAGAACUCUUGAGUGCUCUGGGUGAAUUCCUGGAUGAACAUUUUCCCCUUCCAAAGGAUAGUGGAAGUGCCAUAAACAAGAACUUUUCUUCAGAGCCAGCUGUAGAACUGCUAGCAUUGCAAGAGAUUUUAGAGAUUCUGAUAAAUAAAUUAAUGGCCACACCACAUGAACCUUAUGUAACAAUCAAUGAGUCGUUUUGGCCACCUUACGUUGAGCUGCUGCUGCGAUUCGGAAUGGCCCUGAGACAUCCAGAAGAUCCAAACAGAAUGCGCCUAGAAGCUUUUCACAAAUAGUGUGACCUACAUAUGUACUUAAAAACAAAACAGCACCAGUACUCUUAAUCCAGGAAUAGGAUAUACUUAGGCAUCAUAUUAGAUUUCUUUUAUAUCAUCAAUCACUUCUUGUUGGAUGAUUUUUUUUCUAUUUUAUUG